AUGACGACUGGCGUGCAGGCUCAGGAUGCGACGGUGGGCUCGCCUGCGCCGAGAUUAAAGGGGAAAGCGACUGUUGAUACGCUCAGUAUUGGGUGUUUGGCUAUGGUUAUGAAAGAUGGAAAACUUAGAAGAGCUGAGAUUCUGAGUAUCAAAGAGACCAAAAGUGGUCGACAGUUUUACUGUAAUUUCGACAACUUCAACAAACGUCUAGAUGAAUGGGUCCCGGCUGCCCGAAUAGACUUUUCUCAAGAUGUUGAGUGGCCAAGUCCAGAAAAGCCGAAGGAAACGAAGAAAGCCGCUGCUCCUGUAGCCAAAAAGACAACGACUGGCAACAAGAAAGCUCAAAAGCGACCUGCUGCGACACGAGAGACUUCCAUAAUUUCGGAAGGCGAGACACCGCAUCCAUGGGCCGAAUUUACGGAGUCUCAAAAGGCCACUCCUGACGCUGAAGGCGAUGUUACCAUGACAUUGGACCUAGAUGCCACGCCGGGUGCUGAUGAUGAUGCUAUGGAUGUUGAUGACGCUGCCGCCGACGCUGUUGCUGCCAAAUCACAGCUUAAUCGGGACUUCAACGAUGAGGAAGAGAAGAAACGACUACGCCACGGUGGAUCGAUGACCCAGAACCAAGCCGAAAUUUCGCGUAUUAGGAACAUCUCCAAAGUGCAGUUUGGUAGAUACGACCUCUUUCCGUGGUACUUCUCACCAUACCCUGAAUGUUUCACACAGGAGGAUCUGAUGUACAUUUGCGAGUUCUGUUUAAGCUAUUAUGGCGAUUUAAAGUCAUUCGGAAGACACCGCCAAAAGUGCACCUUGCUACAUCCUCCAGGAAAUGAGAUAUACCGCGACGAUUAUGUGUCUUUCUUCGAAAUUGAUGGCCGGAGGCAGCGAACUUGGUGCCGCAACCUCUGUCUCUUGUCAAAGAUGUUCUUGGACCACAAGACGCUGUACUACGACGUCGAUCCUUUCCUUUAUUAUGUCAUGACAACUAGAGACAAAAAAGGCUGUCAUCUUGUGGGUUAUUUCUCGAAGGAAAAAGAAAGUGCAGAAGGUUACAACGUUGCUUGUAUCUUGACGCUUCCGCAGUAUCAACGCAAAGGUUAUGGACGCUUGCUCAUACAAUUCUCUUACGAACUUUCCAAAAUAGAAGGCAAGCUUGGAUCACCAGAAAAGCCCCUAUCUGAUCUUGGUCUGCUUUCAUAUCGACAAUACUGGACAGAAAAUAUGAUUGAGAUUCUAUUGGAAUACAACGAACGAGAGGAGAAAUGCAGUAUAGAUGCUCUAGCUUCACAGCUUGCCAUGACGUCUGGAGACGUUGAGAGUACACUUCAAGCACUAAAGAUGCAGGUUUAUUUGAAAGCUGAGCAUAAAAUUGUCAUUCCGGCGCAUUUGGAGGCUCGACAUUUGGCGAUGAAAGAGAAGCAAAAGACUAAGCCUAAGAGAGUGAUUGAGCCAGGACGAAUCAAAUGGAGACCUCCAAUCUUUCCUGCUAGCACUCGUACGUGGGCUUGGUAG